CACCUUCGCACGCCUGGUAGCGGACCACUCGGGCACGGCGGGCGGCCUUCACAGGUCCCCAGGUCAGGGGAGAUCACCUGUCAACACCAGGUCCCCAGGACAAAUGAGAUCCCCAGGUCAGGGAGUUUCUCCUAGUCUCAACCGGUCUCCGGCCUCACCUAGUGGGUUGGCUGGGAUGCGUAGCAAAGCAACUCUUUAUACUCAACAAAAAUCACAGCAGGCAAGUGUAAGGUCCCCCAUCACGAGUGGAGGCUGCACGACGCCGAGCGGGCGCUCCCCGGUCGCCGAAGGCCACUCGCUCACGCCUUCCCCGUUGGCCAACAUCGUGCCCAAGCUCCCGGUCGUCGUCAGCGGCAGCUCGCCCACGGGAGGCAGCUGCAGCACCAGCAGCAGUCUUGCUUCCCAGUCCUCCGUCACUAUGCGCAUAACGACCGCGCCCGGAGUGGUUCCCCCGCUGACCUGUGAUAUCUGCAAUAAAACGUUUACUUCACGAUCGAAUUUGAACAAACAUAAGCGCGUACAGCAUUCGGGCGAGGAGUAUGUGUGUCCCAUAUGCCGACGCACCUUCAGGAACAGAUACUACAUCAAAGAGCACGUGUUGCUGUGUUCGACGGCCACUCAAAAGAAGGCGGCUGCGGCUGCUGCUUCGGUGGUCAUCGGGGUCCCAGUGUCAGGAGCUGCCGUGGGGAUGGGCCUGGAUGAGGACGACCCCCUGGAAGCCAAGGUCGAGGAAGAGGAAUUCGACGGCCUGGACGACGACCAGCCCACCGACCUUGUGCUGCGUCGCCCCGCCUCCCCGACGUAGGGCCUUGAUAGGGGUCGGCAACUAUCAUGGAAAGGACUGCCUUUUCGUGGACUGUGAGAUGAGAUACAUCAUGAGUGAGGGCGACACACAGUACUUUUUUUCUUUAUUUUACAGAGGAAGUUGAUAAUAUAAAGAAGACACAAAUCUUGUGUACAAAAAACUUGAAAGUUUAAGUUACUGGGCCAGUAUAAACUAACAGAAAGAGAAAUGCCUGAUAGACAUUUCAUAAUGUUUAUCUACCAUCUGUAUGUCUCUUAAUGGCGUCCUGAGACUUUUUCUUUGUGGUUACCUGCAAAUAUUAUGUUAAUUGUGUCAUGAUUCGUAAAUUUCCAAUUCAAUAAACAAGCAUAAUUAAGAUAACUCAUUCACAGAUUAAUUCACGCCGAAAGUAUUUGCAAUACACGUUUUGUAUUCCUCAUUGCAUAAUAUACCAUUAUUUUCAACUUGAUGUAUGUGACGAGGCAAGCUGCAUCAAAAGACGGAGAGAGUUCAACCCGGUGCUUCUAAAGUGUGGCGUCUCCGCUUUCGUCCGGCCCGUUUGGGGGGGGGGGGGCAGUCUGUGCGUCGGACGAGACGGUCGCUGGAGCCGAGUUUAUUUCGACUGGUGCUAUAGUUUUUGUUGUUUGUUUUGAUUUGCUUCUGAACGGUCGGCAGUCUUAAAGCUUAUCCUAUGUAGUUCUUGAUGACUUUACAGUUAUAGAGAUAAAUUUGGUUUUGUGAGGAAAUCAUCUUGGAAAUAGGCUGUUGCCAUGUCUUCAAAAUUAUAAUUACACAAACGCACACAUACGCACGCACAUUUACAUACAUAUACAUACAUAUACGUACACUAAGUACAUGCA